CGUUGUGUUCUCAAUCCUGAUUGGACAGCGGGGAGGCCUCCAGCCAAUGACUGCUGCUCUUCUUUUCUUAUUAAGUAACGGAGGGGCGUGGUGUAUGGGUAGGCGGGGCUAUGGCUGCGCCCAUGUGGAGGCGUGGACUAGAGGGAGAAGCCUGAGGUCGGCGGAGACUUCACUGAGAUCACCUGACACUGAGCAGCAUGGAGCAACUGAAGCCUCAGGACUUCCCAGCUCUAAAGAACGACACAUUCCUGCGCGCUGCCCGGGGAGAGGAAGUGCCCGCCAUGUGCCUGUGUGGGUGUAUGCGACAGGCGGGGCAGAUACUGGCAGAAUUCCGGGAGACUCGCGCCGCUCAGGAUUUUUUUGCUUCAUGUCGGAGUCCAGAGGUCUGCUGCGAGCUGACGCUACAGCCGUUGCGCCGUUUCCCCUUAGACGCUGCGAUCAUCUUCUCGGACAUCCUGGUGAUUCCGCAGGCGCUGGGGGAUGGAGAUUCCGCAUGGAGCCGGGGCGGGGGACCCGUAUUUCCUGAGCCUCUUAAGGGCCCCGAAGAUCUGCAGAAGCUGAAGCCUGUGGUGGACGUGUCGGAGGAUCUGGGCUACGUUUUCCGGGCGAUCACCCUGACACGACAUAAAAUAUCCGGGAGGUUCCCUCUAAUCGGGUUCACCGGCGCUCCGUGGACGCUGAUGACCUACAUGAUAGAAGGCGGCGGCUCCAACACAAUGUCCAAAGCCAAGCAAUGGCUCUACCAGCACCCGGGCGCCUCCACCAGCUGCUGGCAGCUCCUCACGGACGUCAUCGUGGACUAUCUGGUGGGGCAGGUGGCGGCCGGAGCACAGGCUCUGCAGGUCUUCGAGUCUCACGCCGGCUGCCUCGGCCCCCAGCAGUUUGCCGAUUUCUCGUUGCCGUAUCUCCGGGGAAUCUCCUGCCGGGUGAAGAAGAAGCUGAAGGCGGACGGACUGGAGCAGGUGCCUAUGAUCGUCUUCGCCAAAGACGCACAUUACGCCUUAGAGGAUCUGUCCCAGUCGGAUUAUGAGGUGGUCGGACUGGACUGGACCAUCCGACCCCAGGAGGCCAGAGAGAAAACGGGAAAGAGAGUCACCCUGCAGGGAAACCUGGACCCGUGUGCGCUGUACGCCAGCAAGGAGAACAUUGAGGAGAUGGUGAAGAAGAUGCUGGAGGCCUUCGGGUGUCGGGGUUACAUCGCUAACUUGGGUCACGGUUUGUAUCCUGAUAUGGACCCCGAGCACGUUGGGGCCUUUAUUUCUGCUGUACAUAAAUAUUCUGAGAAGAAGGAGAACUAAGGGCGGAGUGGUGAGAAGUCUGAUCUAGUUGAGAACGUUCAGGAGCUGCUGCCCUCCGGGGGGGUUAAUAAUAAGAAGUGACCUCCAGCCCCCCUGGACCCGGCCUUGUCUGGACUCUGGGUCUGUCCUCAUCCCUGUACAGAGGCUUCAUAGAGCCGGAAAAAAUGUUACAUCCACCCAGUAAUUGUGUCUGAGAUGCAGAAUAAAAUGGGCUCUGAACCGUCA